AUGCUCGCUGCCGAGAAAGUCAGCGACGCCACAAACGGCAACGCAAACGACGCCACCACCACCACCACAAAUGAAACCAUCAACGGAAGCACCAACGGCAAGACCAAUGGGAAACACGCCCCCGUCGACCCGGCAAUCGCCACACAGCCCACGGACCUAGCCGCCGUGCCGGAGCUCGCCAAGGCCAUCGCGGCGACCGCAGACUCUGUGACCGCCGAGGACCAAGCUGCGCGGUACGACCUGCUGCUCAAGGCGCGGUCGCUGGUGCAGGCGCUCGAGACGCCGCGCGAGACCAUGAUCAAGCACUGCUGGGCCCAGACCUCGGCCACCGGCGCCUUGACCUUUGGCAUCGACACGGGCCUGUGGGAGCUCAUGGCCCGCAACGGCGACAGGCCGCAGGCGGUUGCCGACUUGGCAGCCGCACUGGGCAUCGACCCGCCGCUACUGGCCCGCGUCAUGCGUCACGUCGCCGCCAUGGGCUACCUGAAGGAGACGGGCGUGGAUGAGUACCAGCCUACUGCUUUUAUCAAGGCCCUGACCAUUGAGAUCAUCAGUGCCGGGUACUUUGCCGCUCCGUCUGCGUGCGGUUCCGCCCAGUUGAGGUUCCACGACUAUGCAAAGAAGAAUGGUCUCAAGAACCCCAACGAUCCCAAGCACACGUCUUGCAACCAUGCUUACAACACAACAUCCAACUUUUUCGAGUACCAGGUCGAGCUAGGCUACGGUAUGCACUUCAACCACCACAUGGCAGGCUACCGCCAAGGUCGCCUCCCGUGGAUGCACCCCAGCUUCUACCCCGUCCAAGACCGACUCGUCACGGGCUUCGACCCAACCACCGCGCUCCUGGUCGACAUCGGCGGCAGCAUCGGGCACGACAUUGCCGAGUUCCACCAAUACCACCCCACCGCACCGGGCCAGCUGAUCCUGCAGGACCUGCCGGUGGUGAUUGACGAAAUCAAGCCCGGCGCUCUCCCGGCGGCCAUAACACCCAUGAGCUACGACUUUCUGACCGAGCAGCCGAUCAAGGGCGCGCGGGCGUACUACAUGCACAGCGUGCUGCACGACUGGCCGGACGAGGUGGCCGGGCAGAUCCUGGCCCGCAUCAAGGCGGCCAUGACGCCCGGCUACAGCAGGCUGCUGGUCAAUGAGAACGUCGUGCCCGACUCGGGUGCGUGGUGGGAGACGACGGCGUUGGACUUUAUGAUGAUGACGUUGUUUUGCGCAAAGGAGAGGACGGAGGCCGACUGGCGCAAGCUGCUCGAGGGUAAUGGGUUUAAGAUUGUCAAGAUCUGGAGCGGUGGCAAAGGUGUUGAGAGCUUGAUUGAGUGUGAGCUGCCGUAG